AUGAGUGAUUCCAUGGCAAGUACAAAUGAAAGCAUGAUUUGGUGUGCUAAAACGGGUGAACUUCAAUCAUUAAAAACACUUCUUAAAGAACAUCCACAAAAAGUGAAUGAACAAAUGAAUGGUCGAUCAUUAUUACAUUAUGCAGCUGACGCAGGAAACUUUGAUGUAUUAAAAGAACUUGUCGAAAAUGGUGCUAAUGUUAACAGUAAAGAUAAAUUUGGUUUAACACCACUUCUUGCUGCUAUUUAUGAAGAUCAUACUAAUUGUGUUAAAUAUCUUCUUGAACAGGUUUGUAUUGUUUAUUUUAUUUGUCCUUGA